CGGGCGGUGCUGCCCUCCCUCGGCGCGGGAGCAGCGGGGCCGGGCCGGGCCGAGCGGAGCCGAACCCAGGCGAUCCGGGCCGAGCGGAGCCGAACCCAGGCGAUCCGGGCCGAGCGGAGCCGAACCCAGGCGAUCCGGGCCGAGCGGAGCCGAACCCAGGCGAUCCGGGCCGAGCGGAGCCGAACCCAGGCGAUCCGGGCCGAGCGGAGCCGAACCCAGGCGAUCCGGGCCGAGCGGAGCCGAACCCAGGCGAUCCGGGCCGAGCCGAGCGGAGCAGAACCUCGGCGAUCCGGGCCGAGCGGGGCCGAGCGGAGCCGAGCCGAACCGGGCGAAGCCGAGCGUAGAGGCUUCGUUUGCUUUGGCGCUGCCGUCUCCGUUACCGAGGUCCCCUCCGUGUCCCCCCACCCUGCUGCACCAUGGCCUCCCGCAUCGGGCUGCGGAUGGAGCUGAUGAAGCAGCAGGCGCAGCAGGAGGCUGAGAGGGAGCGUGUGCAGCAGCAGAUGAUGAUGAACUACAUGCAGCAGCAGCGGAUGCCCGUGGCUUCCACCCCAGCCAUCAACACCCCUGUCCACUACCAGUCCCCACCACCUGUGCCUGGAGAGGUCCUCAAGGUUCAGUCCCACCUGGAGAACCCCACCACGUACCACCUGCAGAAGUCAAGGGACAAGAAGGUUCAGGCUUAUCUCUCUGAAACCUAUGGGAACAAGUUUGCUGCCCAUGUCAGCCCUGUCAGCCACUCUCCCAAACCGCCCCCUGCUGCCUCCCCUGGCGUCCGGCCCGGCCACGUUGUGUCCUCUUCAGCAGGCAACAGUGCACCCAACAGCCCCAUGGCCAUGCUCAACAUCGGCUCCAACCCUGAGAGGGAGUUUGAUGAGGUCAUUGAUGACAUCAUGCGCCUGGAUGAUGUCUUGGGCUAUAUGAACCCUGAAGCCCACAUGCCCAACACACUGCCAAUGUCCAGCAGUCACAUGAAUGUCUAUAGUGGGGACCCCCAGGUGACAGCCUCUCUCGUAGGUGUCACCAGCAGCUCCUGCCCCGCCGAGCUCACCCAGAAGAGAGAGCUCACAGACGCGGAGAGUCGAGCCCUGGCGAAGGAGCGCCAGAAGAAAGACAAUCACAACCUGAUCGAGAGGCGGCGAAGGUUCAACAUCAACGACCGCAUCAAAGAGCUGGGGAUGCUGAUCCCCAAGGCCAACGACCUGGACGUGCGCUGGAACAAAGGGACAAUCCUGAAGGCAUCUGUGGAUUACAUCAAGAGGAUGCAGAAGGACUUGCAGAGGUCACGAGACCUGGAGAAUCACUCCCGGCGUCUGGAGAUGACAAACAAGCAGCUGCUGCUCCGCAUCCAGGAGCUGGAGAUGCAGGCACGUGUCCAUGGGCUGCCCACCUCCUCGCCCUCGGGUGUCAACGUGGCUGAGCUGGCUCAGCAGGUGGUCAAGCAAGAAGCCAGCGGGGACGAGGGGACGCUGGAGCCUCUGCUGCCGCCCCCAGACCCCGAAUCGCACCCGGUGCUGCCUCCACCGCCCCAGUCUCCCUACCACCAGCUGGACUUUACCCACAGCCUGAGCUUCGAUGACGGUUCCCAGGGCUUCCCAGACAGCCUGGAGCCUGGGCACAGUGCUUCCUUCCCAUCCCUGUCCAAGAAGGAGCUGGACUUGAUGCUGAUGCAGGACACCAUGCUCCCCCUGGCCGCCGACCCCUUGUUCUCAGCCAUGUCCCCAGAGGCCUCCAAGGCCAGCAGUCGUCGCAGCAGCUUCAGCAUGGAAGAUGCAGACAUGCUGUGACCAGGGAGUUGCUCCAGUGCUGGAGGCAAGGACUGGACCUUGGAGUUUGGUUAGUGAAGUGAACAGGACACUCUUCUGCCAGGAGGAGCUCGUCCUGCAGCGCACUUGAAUCUACAUAGGAGUUCCUUUUCUCUAUGCAACGGGGGCCUCUGCUCAAGGCUCACCGGGUACCGCUGUGUCUUUUGCAAGCUUCUUUGUUUUUUGGCCAGGAGCUGGAGCAGUGUCUUUCUUGGCUUGCCAUGGCAUUGGUCUGACUGCAGAUUCCUCAGCCCAGGAGUGUGAUCUCAGCUGCUUUGCCUUUCAGCGAAACCCUCCCGGACUGAACCCUCUCCCCAGGCUGUUGGCUCAGAGCUGGAGCGGGCAGGAGCCUUUGAAGCCCUGGGAGGAGAGAGAUGAUGCUCAGAGCUUUGUGUCUGGCUUGUUGCCUCUUUGCUGUCCCACUCCAGGAGCCCACGUCCCCCAGGGAGUUUUCCCCAGUGGUGGCCUCUGAGCCCUGUGGAUGCUUCAUGGUUCUUCACGGCUUCUCCUUCCUCAGAGCACCCAGUGCCUCCAGGCUGCAAGGCCAGAGGGAGAAGAGAUGUUACUUGGAGCACAUUCAUUCACAGGGCACAGGGGAUGUUGUCUGAGGUUCUGAAUUUAGGUUGAGGCUUCCAAAACAGCUGGGACAGGCUGUUGGAUGCCCAGACAAGCCCCUGCUGUGACCUCCUCAUUUUCUGGGAGACCCUUUCUUGAGGUUUGGAGCACCCACCACCACCCCAAAACCUCUCUGGACAAGGGCUACGUGGUGCCAGGUGACCUUCAGCCUCCCUUGAGGUCCCUCUGCCCUGGAACACCAAGCUGGGGCUCUUCAGGUGGUUUUAUAAAGGGGUUUUAUACUUUUUAGCAGAGGGAAUACUUGCUGAAAGAGAAUGUCCUGCCCUCCUGCCCCACAUCUGGGCAUGGGGGUCUAGGCUCUGGCCAGGGACCAGGGAAUGGUUUGUACCAACUGCCAAACCUGAGCCACUGCUGUGCCUUUGGCUCAAGGGGUUUCUUUCCCUUCCCAGUGUCACCAGCUCGUUCCCCAGCCUGAAGGGCUUGGUGAUGGGGAGCUGCUUUGAGCUCUGCAGCAUCUGUGGCCUCCUCAGCCUGGCUGGUGGCAAGGAGGGAGCUGUGAAGGGACAGGGGACACUGCUCACAGGGAAAAUACUCCCCAGUUUCAGGGAGAGGAGGGGAGGCUGAGGAGAGUGGAUUCCUUUGCAGUGCCACACAGCAUUACCCACCCAGGCUGUGGGAGCUAUGGCUGGGUGGACAGGAGCCCAUGCAGGGAUGGGGGUCACUGGGAGCACCCCAUCCUGGACCAAGGAGGGGGGUUUGUUGUGGGAUUGGGACCGUGAGGGGAAAGCUCAGCCAAGGAAGAACAAGCUUGUUCCAUCAUGGCUGGAUUUGGGAUUGUGAGGUGGGGGACAGCCCUGGUGCCCCCCUGGAGAGGUGCCUGUGAGAUGUGAGGGUGCAGGGAAGUGCAGAAGGUGGGGAGGGGAGGGGGAAAGGAAGAGGAAGGACCUGUCAGAGGUGUCCUGGAGUGCUGGGGCAGGGCAGGGUCUGGCCACUGCCCACAGGGGUUCAGGGAAGGGUAUGAGGGGACAUGGGGGUGAGAGGCCCCAGGCAGCUGGGGUGGGUUUGGGGCUGGUUUGCCCUGAGUGUUCACAGAAGCCUUGGCAUCCUCAUGCACUGCCAUUAGUGCCUGUAAAGAGAAUAAUCUCCCCCUGGCAGGGAGGCAGCACCUCCAUUCCCUCCAGACACGAGGGAUCAGUGUGUCUGUGCACACCAGAGGAGCUGUGGGGGGGGAUGUCUCAGGGUGGGCACACAACCCCCAGCUCCCUUGGCACUGUAGGGUGGUUCUGCUGGGCCCUCACUGUGGUACAGGGCUGGCUGGGGCCCGUGCCCACUCUGUACUGGUGGGCAGAGGACUGUUUGCUGCUCAGCAUGAGAUGUGGCCUCUCCCCCAGCCCUGAGUAAACACUUGUGGAUUCUUUUUUGUUUAAUCUUUAUUUUUGGGGGGGUUCUUUGUUUCCUUUCCCUUCUUUGUUGUUUUUUUUUAAUGCACUGUGCUCUGAUUAAACAAUUUUACUACUGUUUUAUAAAGAAAUGUAUAAAAGAAUGAACUGGAAUGGAAGAAGAAUCAUUAAAAAUCUAU